AUGGAGAAGCAAAACUACAGCAAGUUCUCCUGUUUCUGGGAGACAGAGCCCGUAGGCUGUAGGAGGAUAAGCUGUGACUUCUUUCACAGAAAACCCCGUAAUAUAAAUGGACUUUAUUUGCCACCUAGUAACAAUGUCCCAUUGAAACAGGAUGUCCAAGGAGGCAUUCUGCAUCCAGCCCAUCGUCAGGACUCACUCAGAAGUCAAGAGAAUAUUUUAGUACCAAUUCACCCUCCACUGAUUAUAAACCUCAGUGAUGAAGAGGAUGAUGAAGAGGAUAAUGAAGAGGAUGAUGAUGAAGACAACUAUGUUUCUAGCUGGAUGCCUAAGACUGUUUUAGAUAUUGAAGAGGAAAGAGCAAUAAGGGAUAUAUGCUAUAAAUCUGGAGAGUAUUAUGGGAUUCAGAACCCUUACAAACACCAAUCGACAAAAACUGUGUCUUCACUGUGGCAAGAUGAGUUAUUACCCUUGGAAACUACUGAACAAAACUUGCAGAAAGGUGAUGGGAACACCAUUCCUACAAGAUUUAAUAAUACAAGAAAAGAAAAAGAGAGUUCAGAAAGGAGAAUAUCAAUAGAGAGUAUUCCCAGAACAGAUCAGAAAUCCUUUGAGAAUGGAGAAACAAACCACAAUGAACUGGUAAAGAACCGCCACUGUAAGGAAGUAAAGGAAAAUAAAAGGAUUUCUGAGGAGCGAAGAAAUUCAGCUAAUGUAGUAACUGGCAAAGGAAUUCAUACUCCAGACCCCAAAGUAAAACCAAGUUAUCAACAAAGGGGUCAAAGUAAGGAUGUUGAAACUGCUUCUUUGAGUCCAUAUGGGAGAGAAACUGGAAGAUACACUCAUUUAAAUUCUCCAGAACCUCGACGAUCAGCUUAUGUAGUCUACCGGACUGUCACUCAAAAACCAAAAUUCAAUGGAACUCCAGGUGGGUCCCUGUCAGUACCUGAAUCCUAUGGUCAGAAAAGCUCCAAACAAAAGAAUCAGCCUGACAACAAUAGGAGAUUUUGGACACAGACAGAAAACUAUGGCAAAUAUACUUCAGGAUCUUCUAAUUCACCAGCUUGGAGGAAAAGAAAUCCACAAGCAAAACAGUUCUCUAAAUUUAAAAUAACCACUCAGAGUAAAGAAGACAUGGAAGUGAAUAAAAAAGUCCUAAGGGAGCUGACUCGGAAGGAUGCCCUUCUUCAUCUACUGCUUGCCAACAGAGUGGAUCUCGUAAAUGAGGUGGAGAUUGGCGGCUGUCUUGGCCACAAUGUGAUCGAGAUUAGAAUCUCUGUUGGCAGGAGGAAAAGUGCCAGCAAAACCUCAGCCCUGGACUUGGACAUGAGGAGAAUUGACUUCAAGCUGUUCAGGGAAUUAAUGGAUGAUAGACCAACGGGGUCUCAGUGCCCCAAGCUGGAGGAAUAA